CUUACCUGUUUCAUCAGCCAGUCGCGAUGCAGCCGGCUGCAAGUAAGCUGUCAAGCGGCGUUUGAACGCCGCGACUGCGAGAAAUGGACAGAAUCGCAGCGCUCAAGAAGCGUAUGGUAUACCCUGAGCGCCUGGCAUUGGACAGUCUGAAAGCAUCAAUGCUCUGCAGCGAAGGGUCCUGGGCAAACGCUGACAGCCUGGAGAAAGGCACGGACAAUCCGGCGCAUCAGAUAUCAGAGCUGGAGCUGAGCUGCUCACAGCCCGGCCUGCGCGUCAGCAGCUCUGCAGACAGCCUGAGCGCGUGCGCCCGCCAGCCGCUCGCCCAACACGGCCUCCCUCUACAGUCCUGCGCCAACACCUGUCGCAGCAGCACUGAGCUCAACGCCAUCCUCCAGCGUGAUGGGCAGAUGGUCAUCCAGCGGCGGCUGCGUGAGCUGGUGAGGGCGUUCGCGGAGCGCGCGCUGCGCGUGCGGCGGCGCCUCGAGCUGCCGCCCACGCCCUCCACCGACAGCAGCGGACAAGCUGAUAGCAAUGGUAUUUCUUCCCCACCACUGUAUGAAUGUGUUGAGACUGUCAACAGUGAGGAGCAGGAACAAUUACCAUGCACAUUCAGCCUCAGCUGCAAGUCUUUUUUGAAGAUUUUUGAUUGUUUCAAAUGUAAUACAGUCCUUGAUCCACAAGGGAUAUGCUACGUGCUUUGGUUGCUUCUUGUUACUGUGUGCUACUCUUACAACUGCUGGGUGAUCCCACUCAGAAGCACAUUUCCAUAUCAAACAGAAGAAAACACACCAGUGUGGUUAGCACUGGAUUACUCUGCUGAUGCUGUCUAUUUGAUGGACAUUCUAUUUUUUAAACCGAGGCUGACCUACCUUAGUGAUGGAUUUUGGGUGAAAGACACGAAACUUACUCGUCAAAGAUACUUCAGAAAGUGGCAGUUCAAGAUGGACUUGCUGUCGCUUUUACCUCUAGACUUGUUCUAUCUGAUGUUUGGACCCCAGCAAUUACUGUUUAGACUGCCAAGACUGCUGAAGGUACAGACAUUUUGGGAGUUCUAUGACCGUGUGGACAACAUCCUCAAGUCACCGUACAUAGUGCGAAUGGCAAGAACUCUCUCCUACAUGCUCUUCCUAAUUCAUGUUAAUGCCUGUGCAUAUUAUGCAUUUUCACUCUGGGAAGGCCUUGGAUCUAACAAAUGGGUGUUUAAUGGCCAAGGAAAUGCAUAUAUACGAUGCUUUUACUUUGCUACAAAGACAGCAACAUCAAUUGGGAAAAAUCCAAAACCAGAAAAUGAACAGGAAUAUUUAUUUAUGACAGGUAGCUGGCUAAUGGGUGUUUUUGUUUUUGCACUCCUAAUUGGCCAAAUGCGAGACAUUGUGGCUACAGCAACAAAAACCCAGACAGAGUAUCAGAUGCUCUUGGAUGAGACUCUGAAGUACAUGCGAAGGUUUAACCUUCCUCAUAAACUCCAAGAAAGAGUAAAACUCUGGUUCACCUAUACCUGGGAACAGCAACAUACAAUUGAUGAAAGCAGAAUUCUAGAUGCACUACCUCAAAAACUGAAAACAGAUGUUGCUAUCAAUGUACACAUUCAAACUCUGAGCAAAGUUCAAUUGUUUCAAGAUUGUGAUGAAGCAUUGCUUCGUGAUCUGGUCCUCAAACUGCGGCCAGUUAUUUACCUUCCCGGAGACUACAUCUGUCGCAAGGGAGAAGUUGGAAAAGAGAUGUAUAUUAUAAAAUCAGGCCAAAUUCAGGUGAUGGGUGGUAAGAAUAAUGAUGAGGUGCUGGCAACACUUACUGAAGGGUGUGUUUUUGGUGAGAUCAGUCUUCUUUCUUUGGCAGAAGGAAACAGGAGAACUGCUACUGUGAAGUCUAAAGGGUUUUCAAAUAUUUUUGUUCUGAAUAAGUCAGAUUUGAAUGAAGCCAUUGUUCAUUAUCCAGAAGCUCAAGAGAUUCUAAGGAAGAAGGCAAACUCAUUAAUGAGACAAAAUGCUCUGAGGGAGAAGUUGGCAAAGGAAAAACAGUUGUCCAGUGAUGUGAUUAUUGGCAAUUUGCAGUCACAAGAAACACCAAAGCUUGUUCAUACAGUUAUACAGGUGAUGGGUCAUCUUGAUAUAUCAACUAGUCUCAUUGGUCGCAGCCCGAAACAGAGUAAAGAGGAAUCACAAGAGGCAGUAGUGACAGACAAGCAGCAGUGCAAGAACAGCAACAGUGAGCAGGAACAACAGCCACUGGGGUGCAGUUGUAGUGCAGGCAGUGAGAAUGCUGGGGGCUGUAACAGUGUGAGUCCAGCCGACAAGACCUUUGAAUGUAGAGUGACUGUACACAGAGAGAUGAGUCAGUAGUCCUAGGAGGUGAAAUGCAUUUAGUACUACACAAUCACUUGGUGACCUCAACGUACAUCAUCACUACCAGCAGCAUCCUUUUUUAUUCAUUGCCCACAAAAUGCUCUAAAAGAAGAUAUUGAGCAUACAGCACAUAUUUGGGAAAUGGCUGCUCUGUUCCUUUUUCAUUGAAUUAACUGUAUACAAAAUUCUAUUAUUAUUGUUUUGCAAAUAAUAGUAUCUCUUUUAGAAGGGACUUUCAACCACAAUUUUUCCUGUCAUAUGUCUGGCAUAGCUUUCCUAUUCUGUAAGACACAUUGUAACUCUGACUGCAUGAUUGAUAUAUUUUGAUCGUAUCAACAUUUUAUUUUAAUUCUUGCAGUUCAGUAUCCUAUUCUGUAUGUGUUUAUUAUGCAUUGUUCAGCCUUUUACAUCAUUUGAGGUGUCUAGAUGCAGAACCCAAGAUUUCCACUUUUGAUCAGAAUAGGACUUAUGUUUCCCCAUCAGCUAUCAGUGUUUCCAGCAUACUGUUUCAGUAAAAGACUAUUUCUAAAUGAAACUAGGGGGAACUCGCUUGGUUUAUUCAUAACAAGAGAUAAAUACAGGAUGCUCCUCAGAAACUGUGCAAGUUAUCUUAAUUCCAUAUUAUGAAGUGAAGUCCAGUCCAAUCCAUCCCGUAUCAAAGUCUGCCUAUGGCAAAUAGAGUCCACAAUAUAAAGACCUUAGACAAACUGAUAGCACACUUGCUGUGCAUUCCACAAAUCACAUCACAACUUACUUAGACCAGUCCUGGGCUGGCUUAUAUCCCGCAUUCUGAUAUAAUGUCAUCAGUAGGCACUCCAGAUGAUAAACAUCCUCUGGGUAGUAGCACCACAGCAGUCAACACUAAUGAGCCAGUUAUUCAGCUUCCAUAGUAACAUCUGGUGUACUACUACAUCCUCCUCCGCCUCCAUCUCAGGAUGUGAGGACUAGCUCCGUAGGUGGUGGCUAUGUUCCUUGCACUGACCAUCAGCCUGGUAUUAUAGCAAUGUUUCUUGAAAGACAGUGUACAGUAAAAGUAACAGCCUGAUAUACAGGUGUUGGGCGGAGUUGGCUUACCUUGCUAUGUGAUGUCCAGUCUACACCAGGAUUUCCUAUUCCAUAUGCACACAUCUGAAUCUUGUUUGGAUUUCACCUUAGAUGAUUGACCUCAUAGUAAACGUCAAGCUUAUCCAAAGAAGUAGUCAACUUUUUUUCUUUGUCUACAAACAUUGUCCCAUGGGCAGCCACUGGUGUAUCAUCAGUUUAGAUGACUUUCUGGAAGUGUUUUUUAAUGAGCUGAUCAUUGGUGUAAAUAUUAACAAGCACAAAAGUGAGCACACUGCCUCAAAGUAGGUCAUUCUUUCGCAUUCACCAUCUGCUUUUCUUAACCUGGAGAAAGACCCAGUAUCUUCUAUUCUGCAGGAGACUGCCUGUGAGGGAUGUUAGUUGUUAAUCUCUGGUGAAUUGGUAAAUUUUUGUUGCCACCACUUUUGUAAAAGGCAAGUUACAUGUGGACUAGUGAGGACUCACCUGGUUUAUUAACAACUAGAGAAAAGUACAAGAUGCUCCUUGAAAACAGUGCAUGCUAUCUUAAGUCUGAAUUACAUAGUAAAAUCCAGUCCACUUUGUUCAAAUUCUGGUUAUGACAAACAGAGACCGCAAUAUAAACACUUCAGUCAAAACAGUAACACAAUCACUGCACGGUCCACAGAUUACACCUCGACUGACUCAGACCAGCCCUGCGCAGGCUUAUACAGUAGUCUGGCACACUCUUGUCAGAGAGUGCUCCUGACAACAAGUGUCCUCUGGGUAGUUGUACCACAGUUGUUAACAGUAACAUUGGACCAGAUAUUUGGUUUCCAUAGUGACAUCAGGUGGCGCCAUUACUAUUGUCAUAGGGUAAAAUUCCAUUUAAUUUAGUUAUUGUAAUGGGCAUUCAGUUCUGGUCAAGGCUGUUCAAGUAUUUGUUGAGGUCUAUAUACGGUAAUAAUAUAAAAAGCAAAUAAGACAGAAUUUUGCAACACUGAUUUAUUUUACCAUGACAAGUGUGGGCCAUACCUCUUAAAGAUAAUGUCAUACAAUUUGUGUAAAAAUCACUUUACUGUUAUGAUCAUAUUUCUUAUCCCAGAUGAUUACUAUCUCCAAAUUAAUAUGUAACAUAAAAUGUGUGGAGUAUCUCUCUUGAACUCAAAUACACUGUAUAUUUUAUACUACUUUAUACAAAGAGUACACACUCCACAUAAUACUGUAGUCAUAACCAAGCCAGUGUAACUUGCAUGAUGUAAGCCACUAUCUGUAAACGGGGUUUCUCGCGCAAUACAUCAUUGCAAAAUAAGCCAUUGAUACAAAGAAAUUUUGGCUAGAUGUGUUUGUUUUCCCCUCUGAGGUCCACAGUCAUCAGAGAUAAACAAGGGAAAUUUGUUUCCACAACUCCUUAAGAUCAGUCACAAAGAACUUGCUUUGAAAUGGACUAGUUUGGAAACAAAUCCAGAAUUUUCUGAAAUGGAAACAGUUAUCAUGAAGCUGCAAUAUCAUCUUAUUCAAGCUGCCAUGAGAAAGAUUUUGCUUAAAUAUGUGCUAAAAUUUUGAUCCUCAUAAAGCACAGAACUUUUUAUUUUUAUUUAGUGGUCUGAGAUCACCAAGUUCUCUUCAAAUAUGUCUAGAUUUGGAUUGAUUAAUAAUCUAUUUGCAGAACUAGCCUUGUUUCUGAGUAACUCAUCAAUUUAAGUUAUAAACAGCUUUCAUCUGUAAUUAUUUCUCCUUAUUUAGUCAGUUCAUUUGAGUAUCAAUGAAUACAGCAAAAGAUAAUGCUGAUUGCCUUCAUGCAUCUAACUUUUGUUCCUGCACUUGAAUUAACUGGUAGACUUGAUAUUGUGUUACAUAGAAAUAUUGUUAUGUCAUUGUGUUUACUUUGUGUUACUGCUCUUCUAAGAUGCUAAUCAGAUCAAAUAUCCUUCCAUUCAAAAUGAACUGGUUUCUUCUAGAUCAAAUACACAGAAAUUAUGAAAAUUAUUAUCUUCUUGUAUCACUCAUAAAACAGUAGUAAGCAUGUAAUGGCUUUUUAUUCUGAGAAAGACAUGUUUCAUGUUGAAACAUAUAUAAGCAAUGCACUGAUUUUAUCUGUGAAGAUUAGUGUACAGAGGCAAGGUGAAGAAUUGCAGAAUACUGACACACAGACUUAAGUUAUGGUAUCACAAAUCAUAACUUUUACAUCAUAAGCUAAAAAAAACUGUAAGAAAUAUAUUAUGCUGAAUUAUAAGGCAUGAACAUAUGACAUUGUAAAUUGCAGACAGGAAUAAGCAAAUGUAUGGUGUUACCAAUAUUAAUGGUUGUUGCAUGGAAAGUGCACUGUGUAGCAACUGAAUUCCUUUUGUGUGUGUGUGUGUGUGUGUGUGUGUGUGUGUGUGUGUGUGUGUGUGUCUGUGUGUCAAAAAAUGUUAUCAUAAACAACAUUUUUUCAGUUGGUCAUAGUCUGAUUAAUACACAUUUUCAUGCCAGUAUCCAUGCUCCACAAUAAUUUGUAAAAACACUGAAACACUUUUCAGUUAACAAAAUUUAGAUUGUAUAGAGCACAUCAAAUAGCACACAUAUUUUUCACUUUUUUGUGAGAUAGUUGCUUUUCUUGUCUAUGUUGUAGCUUCGCAUUUAAUCAGUAAUAAUACUUAUUAUUUACUGUAUCUGUUUUUAAGACAAUAGAAAAUCAUUGUUAAAGCU